CUUUGAGUGACGUUUCCAGUUCUUCCCUCCCCUCCUGCGGUUCUCUUUGCCACGUUUGUUUCCUCCACCGCUCCGUGUGUCUCUCCCAUCCCGUCUGCUGAAGGCUAUCUGCUGCGAGAGGCUGCAACCAUGGCUGCUACUGGAACUUUCCGUAUGGUUUCAGAGGAGGAGCAGGCCAUGAGGUCAAAGCUGGAGCACCUGACAGUGAAGGAUCAUGGGCCGGUGUUUGGGCCAUGUCACAAACUGCCUGGUCACACUAUCCAAAAGGCGAAAGAUGAGCUGAAUGAGACAGAUGAGAAACGGGCGUCCUCGCUGAAGGACCUCCGUGCCAUGAUCAAAGAGAAGGUAGCAGCAGGAGACGACAUGGCCAAACUGGUGCAGGAACGUUUUGGGCACAAACCAGACUCUUUGCUGCUCCGUUUCCUCAGAGCACGAAAGUUUGACGUUACCAGAGCUCAUGAGCUCAUGAAAGGUUAUGUGCGCUUCAGGAAGGAGUAUCCAGAGCUGUUUGAGAACCUGACCCCAGAGGCUGUCCGCAGCACCAUCGAGGCGGGAUACCCCGUAGUGCUGCCCAGCAGAGACCGCUAUGGACAUGUGGUCCUGCUCUUCAACAUCGACAACUGGGACCUGGAGGAGAUCACCUUUGAUGAGGUCCUGAGAGCAUACUGUGUGAUCCUGGAGAAGUUGCUUGAAAAUGAGGAGACUCAGAUCAAUGGCUUUGUCCUGAUUGAGAAUUUCAAAGGCUUCACCAUGCAGCACGCCUCAGGAAUAAAGACGGCUGAGCUCAAAAAGAUGGUGGACAUGCUGCAGGACUCGUUCCCCGCCCGUUUCAAAGCGGUUCAUGUGAUCCACCAGCCCUGGUACUUCACCACCACGUACAACGUGGUCAAACCCUUCAUGAAGGCCAAGCUUCUGGAGAGGGUCUUUGUUCAUGGUGAAGAACUGGAAAACUACUUCAAGGAAUUUGAAGCAGAUAUUCUGCCUUCAGAUUUUGAUGGAAGAGCUCCAGUGGCUGACUACCAGGCCAUCGCCAUCCAACUUUUUGGCUCUGAAGACACUGCUCUCUGAAUUAAAUUAAAACACACUGACAUGAAUUUAACCCCAGACUAGCAGCCAUAUCCUAGGAGGCUUUGUGAUCACAUAUGUGGACUUCACUGAAGUUAGGAUUCUUUGUUUUGUUUUUUCAGGCAUUUGAGAGCAGAAGAAAGUGUCAGAUGUUAGAAGUGAGGGACGAUUUUCAGAUGAGUAAUGAGAUGUGAAUGAAAACUAAGAUUUAGACAUCACAGAGAAUAAGCGUCACUUCACUGCUCCGAUGUUUGUUGAUGUUUAGUAGAGAAGGAAACAGAGAAUGCUGAUGAAUCUAAGCAAUCACAAUCACCUGGGUUUGAUCAUUAAAAUGAGAUGUGGUGUGUUACCUGUUAUUUUCACUAAAGUAUGAAUGGUGUGCAAAGCGAACACUGAUAAAAGUUAAAACCUACACUUGAUUACUGCAUUUGAAGCUGCUCGCCGUGGUGCCUUGAGUACCUGCAUUUGAUCUCAGCUGCAUUUCUGUUUUAAAAGUUCUGCAUGUAUGAUUGAGAUUUGUUUCAAAAAGGCCUCAUCUACCAGAAACACCCAUUCUGCCUUUUGCAUUGUUAAUAAAAUGUAUCUUUAGUUCUGUGUGA